CGUCAGCAGGUCCGAUGGCUGGAGGGAGGGCUGCGAGCUUGCACUGGGUUAAAAAUAGUGUAUCGUCCUGCAGUCUUUGCUCGCCCAGCUUCUGCUCACUUCGCUAUCAAUGUCUGCCCUGAACAGCAUUCUGGGUUAGGAAUGUCAACAUGGCUGCAGACAUCGGAGAACUGCUGGUGCCGUACAUGCCAACCAUCCGAGUCCCUAGAUCAGGGGACAGGGUUUACAAGAGCGAAUGCGCCUUCUCCUUUGACUCCCCUGAAUCUGAAGGUGGCCUUUAUGUGUGUAUGAAUACUUUUCUCGGGUUUGGAAGGGAACAUGUGGAAAGACAUUAUCGCAAAACAGGGCAAUGUGUCUACAUGCAUCUGAAACGUACCAUAAAGGAGAAAGCCACUGGAGCUUCUGGCGGAGGUCUACCUAAGAAGAAAUCUCAGAUCAUUUUUGAAUUGGAGCAGAAUGAAGACCUCAACAAUGAAGAUUAUGAGUAUGAAGACGAAGCUAAACUUGUUAUAUUUCCUGACCAUUAUGAAAUUCCUUUGCCAAAUAUAGAGGAGUUGCCAGCACUGGUAACAAUAGCAUGUGAUGCUGUCCUUGCUACAAGGUCUCCAUUUGGUAAACAGGAUUCUGAAUCUUGGGAAGAGGAGCUUAAAGACUCAAAACAUGAGAACAAUCUUCAACAACUGGACAAUGGAGUCCGUAUUCCACCCAGUGGCUGGAAAUGUGCUUGGUGUGACCUGAGGGAGAAUCUUUGGCUAAACCUGACAGAUGGCACCAUAUUAUGUGGGAAAUGGUUCUUUGACGGCAGUGGUGGAAAUGGACAUGCUCUUGAACAUUACCGUGAGACAGGUUAUCCUUUGGCAGUUAAAUUAGGAACCAUCACGCCAGAUGGUGCAGAUGUAUACUCAUUCGAUGAAGAGGAAGCAGUGCUAGAUGCAAAUAUUGCGGAACACUUGAUGCACUUUGGUAUUGACAUGAUGGCAAUGCAAAAGUCAGAAAAUGUUCAUCCUGUUGAUAUCAAACCACGGAUCAGUGAAUGGGAGGUGGUUCAAGAAUCCGGGAUGAAGUUGAAGCCAAUGUAUGGUUCCGGAUACACGGGCAUCAAGAACCUUGGAAACAGCUGCUACCUCAGCUCUGUUAUGCAGAUAAUCUUCAGCAUACCCGAUUUUCAGAGAAGAUAUGUUGGAAAUCUCCAAAGAAUAUUUGAUUACUCCCCUCUAGAUCCAACUCAAGAUUUUGAUACACAGAUGGCCAAACUAGGUCAUGGACUUCUCUCAGGCCAGUACUCCAGACCUCCAAUGAAAUCAGAGGUGAUUGAACAAGUGAUGAAAGAAGAAUACAAGCCUCACCCACAAGGGCUCGUGCCCAGAAUGUUUAAAGCAUUAAUUGGAAAAGGACAUCCAGAAUUUUCAUCGAAUCGGCAGCAGGAUGCGUUAGAAUUUUUUCUACACUUGAUCAAUCUUAUUAAUAGAAACAACAACGGAUCAGAUGAUCCCAGUGAAGUCUUUCGUUUUAUGGUAGAAGACCGGGUCCAGUGUUGCCAGUCCAGGAAAGUCAAGUACAAACAGAGAGUGGACUAUAUCAUGCAACUUCCUAUUGUCCUGGAGGCUGCUAGUAAUAAAGAGGAGCUUUUAGCAUAUGAUUUGAGGAGGAGAGAGGCUGAGAUAGCAAAGAGACAGUUACGAGAAGUUGUCCGUGCCAAGAUUCCAUUUAGUGCCUGCCUUCAAGCUUUUCAAGAGCCAGAAAAUGUCACUGACUUCUGGAGCAGCGCUCUCCAAGCAAAGUCAGCAGCAAUAAAAACAAGCCAAUUUGCCUCAUUUCCUGAAUACUUGGUUAUUCAACUAAAGAAAUUCACUUUCGGUAUAGACUGGGUUCCAAAGAAAUUAGACGUCUCCAUAGAUAUGCCGGAUCUCCUGGAUAUCUCCCACCUGAGGGCAAGAGGUUUACAGCCUGGCGAGGAGGAACUGCCUGAUAUUUCUCCACCUAUCAUCAUGCCUGAUCAACCCAAAGGGAGUCUGCUGAACCAUUUCAUGGAGUCUCCUGAAAUUGAUGAAUCAGCAGUGAUGCAGCUGGCUGAGAUGGGUUUUCCACUAGAAGCGUGUCGUAAAGCAGUCUACUACACAGGGAAUCUUGGGGCUGAGUUGGCCUUUAACUGGAUCAUAGCACACAUGGAAGAACCUGAUUUUGCUGAACCACUAUUACCGACAGGUUAUAAUGAUGUUAGCCAUAAUGAGGUUGGUCUAGCAGGAGGGGCCUCUUCAGUGGAGAACCAGCCACCAGAAGAAAUUGUUGCCAUCAUUACAUCAAUGGGAUUUUCCAGGAACCAGGCCAUCCAUGCAUUGAAAGCAACCAAUAACAACCUGGAGAGAGCACUGGACUGGAUCUUCACACAUGCAGACAAUGAGGAUGAGAGCGAGACAGUUUCUGAUAUUGAUACACAGUCACAAAUUGAAACAAAUGCAGAAGCAGAACCAGCAGGGCCCAGAAUCAAGGAUGGACCUGGAAGAUAUGAGCUGUUUGCCUUUAUUAGCCAUGUGGGACCAUCUACGAUGUCUGGUCAUUAUGUAUGCCAUAUCAGGAAGGAGGGAAGGUGGGUAAUCUACAAUGACCAUAAAGUCUGUGCUUCAGAGAAACCCCCUAAAGACCUGGGAUACAUUUACUUUUAUCAGCGGAUGCCCUACUAAACUUGCGACCUAUGUAUGAAAACCGUGACCUUCUUUCCAAAGAUCAAAACAUUACAAACUGCCAAAGAUUUGGGGAAACUGUAGAUUCUGUCAUUACUGUGCAACUAUCUUAUUUAUAGAAAACAUAAUUAUAAUCCAAUAAUAUGUUUGAUAUGAGAGGGAAAAUUUUUAUUGUUUAAUAUAUUGACCUUUUUGUUUUUAUUUUAAACUACAUUUGGAAAAACUGAAGGAGCAUAUCAGAGGUGUGCGCAAUCAGUUUAAUUUUAACUGACUUUAGCAUUUUUUUUAACAUAUUGAAACAUCUUCAUUAUUUGUUUCAUUGAUCUCUUGCCCUCUUAUUUUACAUCCUUAAUGAACAUAAUUGUUCCAUUUGUCUGUUUCUCGUUUGAAUGGGCACUCCAUAAAACAUGUCUCUCUCAUAGAAUACAUUCAUCUUGCCCAGAAAACCACUAAGUUUAGAGAUAGUAAGAACUGCCAAUGCUGGAGUCAGAGAUAACAGUGUGAAGCUGGAGGAGCAUGGCAGGCCAGGCAGCAUCAGAGGAGCGGGAAAGCUGACGUUUCAGGUCGGGACCCUUCUUCAGAAAUGCUUUCUGAAGAAGGGUCCCGACCUGAAACGUCAACUUUCCUCCUGCCUGGCCUGCUGGGCUUCUCCAGGUCCACACUGCGUUAUCACUAACUUUAGAGUUUUCCUUUCUAAAAAGAAGUUCAUAAAAGGGAGAGUUAUUAUAUUUAGCACUAAUCAGAUGUUUAGACAUAUAGAUGUGCCUUGCAGUUACUGAUAAAUAUACAAUUUUGAAUAAAUCCAUGGAUUCAUAUUAAAGGCUACAUUUAUGAAGUUAGACAUAGAGCACAAGAUCUAUAUGACCGUACAAUCUGGAACUUUAAAAUGUGUUACACAGUCAAUUUUAGUGCAAUAUACAUAAUCUUCACCAUGUCCAUUCAUCCAAGCUAAAUAAAAAGACUGAUCAGAAGCCAAACUUUUAGAAUUCCACUUUGUCAUUCAUUUGUCAUCAUUUUAUUUCUUGUUGCACAUAGAAUCAGAUUGUUAUUCCAUUUAAAGGUGGUGUUUAGUGCCAGCAAACGAUAGUUGGAAAGUUACUGGUCAACUGCGGUCACUUUGUUGACAGAACUAGGAGGAAGAUACAACAGAUAGGCAUUGGCCUGAUAUGCUCCUGCCUUUGGCUAAUCUUGUCAGAAGUGGGUGGAAGCAGCAAUAUCUAGUUGCUUUGCAUAAUUAGCUGUUCAGUUGCUGCGGGGAUCUUCUUGGUAGUGAUUAGAUUCCCUGCUAAUGCCAAAGCCUCACCAUUACAUGCAGGCAGUUAUGUAGUGGGCCCAGAAGAUCAUUUUCAAUCUUCACUACUCUGCCACUGAAGAUGAAUGGAUCAGUAAGCCAUAAAUGCAGUGGCAGACAAUCCUGUAGGAGUUUCCUCUCUGCUGGCUGCACAGAAAGCUGUGGCCUAUGUUAAUUUUAAAACUCACAGAUUCUUCAAAGGUUACAAUAGCUGAAGUGCCCUCAGGUUGACCCCCUUGCUGCAGCUGUGCCCAUCACAUUGCAUCCACAGCUGCCAUCCUUCCAAACCAUCAGUCCAUUGGAUUGGUCUGCAGCCUCAGCAAUCCUUACCAGCUCACGUAUCUAAUUGAGAAGGCUAUCCCCGGAAAAUCACACUGCUAGGCAUGCUGCCAGCCUACGUGAGCAUGGAAUAAGAUUCACCCUGUAAUUGAUCUUAGGAGACAGAAGAUUUUACUAAGUGCUUUUAAUUUUAAAAAAAGGCUCAUUUCAAACUUGAUUCCAAAUAGGUAUGUCCCUCUGGAAAAGCAAUGUGUAUCCUUCAAGUGAAAAUAACCUCAAUUUGCUGUGUGAUAAGAGAAGCUAUUUAAAUAGCAUCAAAGAAUAUCUAUGUCAAGAAUUUUUGAUUCACACCAUGUAACACUGCCCCAAUCCCCACCACCUCCCCAAAUGACUGGAACAAAAAGACUAAGCCAUUUAUCCUUUGUCAAAUGAGACUAAUGAUUUGAGGUAUGCUGGUAAGAUUGCUCGAUGUGAUAUCAUGAUUUUUUUUUCCCGCACUGUGGUGGAAUAAAUUGAGAAUUUGGCAGUGGAAAACGUGCUGGAGUUUGGUUUUAUUGAAGUUCUAUCUGAUUUGUGCACCAAAGUAGUAUCUAGGGGAUGGCAACGCAUCUGAUAAUAAGGUUGUAAUUUCAUUCUAAAUGAUAUCUGUUCUGCCCAGAGGGCAGUUAUGAGUCAACCACAUUGCUGUGGGUCUGUAGUCACAUGUAAGCCAGACCAGUUACUUUCCCUAAAGAACAACAGUGAAACGGGGUUUUUCUGACAAUCAACUUUCAUUAGACAAUCAUUAGUCUCUCAAUUCUAGAGUUUAUUGAAUUGAAAUUUGACAUGUGCCAAAUUAGGAUUUGAGCCCAGGGUCCCAGAACAUUACAUGAGUCUCUGGCUUAAUAGACUAGCAACAACUACUACUAAGUCAUCACCUCCCAAGUUGGAAGAAUAUCUAAUAUACUGAUAAAUGUACCCAGAGCAAAAGUGAAAGCUUGUCAGCAAAGUGGAAAGAAUCUCAAAACUUGUCAGUCUCGCUGCAUUAAAGUGCAAAGGUGUGUUUACUGUAUGAACUAUUCGACAUGGUGGCAUUAGAUUGAAAAGAGAGGCAAAACCAUGCCUUGUGAGAAGAAUAGUUCAUAUAUCCUUGGAGGAUUUUUGUAUUUCAUUUGCCCACCGGACUCAAGAGAGAUUUCAAUACUGGAGAAGGGAACAUUUGGAAUAUUCAAGACAUUGGUUUCUUGCCUUUUACAUUUCAUAAAAUUUUCCUCAUGCUUUAAAGCACCCCCACAACAGCUGGUAAAGUUUGUAGACCAGAAUGGUUGACAUCAGCUAAAAUGAUGGCUUUUGUAAAUAUGUCAACAAUUAUAUCACUGGAGUAUGGGCAUUAAACAAAAUUACCUCCAGAGAAAAAAAUCUCUGGCCUUCUUCGCUGAUAUUUGCAACAUUAAUAGCAUUUAAGACUUCUCACUUGUUGAUUAAAGCAAUGCACAGUGAUUGUUCGUUUGUAGAAAAAAGGGUAGUGACAGUUCUUUGAGUUGCUGGAAGAUUGCCCUUAAAAUUAAUUAUGUACAGACUAAUGAAUUGGUAAUACAAAUCCCAACUUGUAAACAUGUUGCAACGUUCAUAACUUUACAAAACGCUAAUUUUUCACUCACUGCAGUGUCAGUAAAAUUUGUUUUGAGUAAUUAUUUUUUACAUUUCUAUACUUAUUUCCCUAUAUGUUAAGUUUAAAAUUUAAGAAACAUUCAACAUCUCUAAUGUUAACUGUAAAGCAAAAUACUUGACAAUGUUACUGUGGGGAGCUUUAGUUGCUCACUUGAUCGCACACCAUAUUUUUGCUCAGAUAUCGCAUUAUUGAGGAAAUGUUAUUUUGACAGAAAUCUAUUAAGUUAGUCUAUAUCAGCAACACUACUUCAAUGACUGAAUUCUAAAAUGCAGGACUACUUUUCAUACCUUUCAUUAAGUCAAUCCAUUAACUAAAUGGAAAUUCUUUAAAAAUUGAUCAUACUGAACUGAUUUUACUCUCCAAGCCAAGUUCAAUUUGGGCCACUGAUAGUACAGCACAAAAUAAACUUCAAAUUCUUUGGGUUUUUGACUUCCAUUUGGCUUUUCGUGAUAAUGGGCUCUUGCUCAAGGUUAGAUUGGGAUUUUAGAGAUAGUAUUUUGCAAUAGAUUUUGUUUUUGCAGUUGUUCAGUUUAUUAUGCAGUACCAACCAGACUGACAAGUCACUUUACAUGCUUUAGAAUUUGUUGGGAGAACCAUUUAAAAGAAAAAAUAUCUAUGUCCACCGUUGUUGCAAAUCAUAAACCUUCUGAAGAAUGGUUAGUUUGUCAGUAUCUGGGUGACAUCGAUAUUAAGAACUUAGCAUGUUUACCACAAAAUGAUUAAGGUCAUAAUAAGAUCAACUAUGGUCUUAUUGAAUGAUGGAGCAGGCUGAAGGGAAUGAAAUGAUUACUCCUGCUCCUAAUUUAUUUGUUCAUAAGAUUACUCUUCUUAUAAUUUAUGUGCCUGAAUGACCAUAGUACAAUUUCAAUAAUCUCUCAAACAGUAGACUUAGAUGAUAAACAAAACUUUCAUGGUGUCAUUUUAUCAAUUGGUCAUAGAACUGUUAAUUCCAGAUUAACUUUGAACUUUUAUAAAUCCCUUUAGUCACGUGGUUACCAUUACUGGCAGAGUAAAGUAGAGGAACCUCACAGUAGGAUCUAUGAAGAGAUAAUAAAGUGCAGAAAUUGAUGAACACAGCAAGCCAUGCAGCAUCGAUGCUUUUGCAAAUUUGAAAACGCCGAUCUUUGUGAUUUUGAAUAUUUCAAAAACGUUCAAAAAGUGAACAAUUUCUUGUGCAUCAAAAAAUGUGAUCCCCUUUAUCCCCUUUCUAUUUCACUCCUUUUUACAUCCAUCCUUAAUUUUGUUUAAUUCAUUCUUUUUUGCUUCUCCUCAUCCCAUAUAUAUUCCCUGUCCUUCCCAUUUCGUUUCAUCACUUAUUACAUCUACCUUCUAUCCAUUUAAACCCUAACUUGUACCUCAUCUCCAUCAGUUUGAAUCUAAAGACUGCUGUCAGCCUGAAAGGAGGGGAGGCAAUAUUGUGGGAUGGACAUGACCUGGAAGGGAAAGGCCACUAGUGAAUGUAACAGGAAUUUGUAUUUUUUACUAGCAAGAUGGUUUUACACAUUUGUGAGUGCCAACAUUCAAAUUUAAAUACUUUUGAAACACUUACAGUGAAUGUUGUAGCCCUGCGUUCCUAUUAUCCUUCCUUUAUCCAUUGUAGCUGCCAUUUUACUGCUUUGGUGAAGAUUCAAGCUAUGCAGUUUGACUGAUGUGUGGAUACUGAAGCCAUUGUCUUCUGUUUUCUCUGUUACACUCUCGUCUAUUUUUAAUUUUGUAUAAAUGCAGCGCUGGUAUUUUUCAGCACUAAAUAACUGUAACAUCAUUGAGUUUUUGUUUUAAAAGAGAUAAUCUACUUCCCAUAAUGGGCAGGGUGUCUCUGGAUAGCUGUAUCUCAUCCUCAAAUGCUGCUGUUUGCAGAAAUUAGUAUCAUCAGUAAACUGGACAUGUUGAAAAAUGUUGACACACAAUUUUCGUUGCUGCACAGUUGCAACUUGGAGUAAUUAAAUAAAAUUUUGUUGAAAUCCA